AUGGGGACACAUGUGCAUAUCGUUAACGUGACGUGUACCUCUAUCUCCACACGCAUGUGCCAGUGCUUUGAACUGGGCCCCAUCAUCGCGGUGCUGCCCCCGCCCGAGGAUGUGGACACGCCCCCCAUUGACAUCAGCCUCCACCUCCCCCUGCUCUGCUUCAGCCCCAGCACUGUCCUGCAGAUCGUGACGUGUUUGCUGACGGAGCGACGCCUGGUGUUCGUGUCUCGGGAUUGGCCGCUGCUCACGCUGAUGACCGAGUGCUUCGUCUACUACCUGCGGCCGUUGCCGUGGCGACAUCCCUACAUCCCGGUGCUGGCCAGCUCCAUGCUCGACAUGCUCAUGGCCCCCACCGUCUUCCUCAUGGGCUGCCACUCCAGGCACAUCCGCACCGUCAUCGAGCUGGAGGAGUUGGUGCUGGUGGACAUAGACCAGGGGACGGUGUGGUCUUUCCCCAGAACCCGGAGUUCCACGCCCCCCCUCUGCCCACCCGCCAUCACAGAGGAGUUCAUCACCAGUGUCCGGAGGUUGCGGCUGCACCCUGAGCUGGCGUCGGCAUCACUGCCCAUCUGCACCGGUCUGGCUGCCGUCCGGCAAAGAGGGGGGGGUGGGGGUGGGGGGGUGGGGGUGGGUUGUGGGGGUGGGGGGGGGUGUGGAGGGGGGUGGGGGUGUGGGGGUGGGGGGGUGGGGGGGUGGGGGGGUGGGGGUGGGGGUGGAUGUGGGGGUGGGGGUGGGGGGUGUGGGCACCUGCGGACUGACCUCUUCCACUGCUUCCUCAAGGCCCGGCUCAACGACAGGGUGGAUGCCUUCAGCCGCUGGGAGUUGGCCACUCAUCCGCAGACCCCCAGAAUUCCAGCAGAUUGGCCAGGAGUACGUAUACACCCCAUCGUUGUGCCGCGCUGCCUGUACCUGCCACCAUUACCCAGUGCCCCUCUGGAUGAUCUGAGCGUGUCUCUGUUCUACACCAAACUGGUGGUGGACAUUACACGGGAGCUGGAGGGGGUGGGUGGUGAUGAUGGGGGUGUACGGGCAGCCUGCCUGUACCUGCGGGGGGUAGUGCGGUUGUGCCAGGGGCAGCCCGUGCCCGCCCUGCUGGACUUCCAGAGCCUAGAGAAGAUCGACAUGGACUUCUUCCCGCUGGAGCUGGUGCGGCAGACACUGGAAUCUAUGAACACUGAGCAGCUGCGGGCCUUGCAGGAGACAGAGGGGCUGAAGGGCCUGCUGCACGGCGUGCUGGAGAAGCACUGGGACCGCGCGCGGCCCGAACACAGCGUCCGAGACCUGGAGCUGCCCGUCUGGCCCCUCGACCGCCAGCAGUUCACCGCCCUGGCACAGGCGGCUGGCCUGGUCAGCACCACAAUCACGGCAGACUGCCUCUUCGAUAUCCUUGCCGCCGGGCAGGAUCGUGUACCGGCGCGGAUGUUCACCAGGAUGUACAGGCAGUGGAGGGUUUGUGGUGAGGAGGGUGUGGUGGGAUGCCCGUCCGAGGUGUUGGCGUCUCUGCGUGAGGGUGAGAUCCUCUCCCUGGUCUCCCUGCCCGUCAAGACCAACCUGGGCACCGGCCGGCUGCUGCUCACCAACCACCGACUCAGCCUGCUCACCGACAGCACUGCACCGUGCCGGGAGAUCGCCCAACUACGGGACGUGGAGGAGGUGGAGGCGGCAGUGCCGGUGUCGGGGCUGCCCCUGCGGGGGGGCAGUCUGAAGGUGGGGGUCCGUGGGCAAAAACAUGCCUUUGUGGCCACCCUGCGAGGUGAACGGGACCUGUGGAAGCUGGCGCUCAGGGAGGUGUGUGCCGGAAAACUGCUCGCACAUCGACACAAGGACCCCCAGUACAACCAGCAAGCUCGCAGUAAUGUCCGGCUGCUGCAGGCCGUCGCACUGUGCCCGCCGCCCUCCAGAACCGCCCACCUCAUGUGCCGACUCGCACAACUGGACCAGGCCGCCAGUCAACCCCUGCCGGUGGUGCCACAGAUGACAUCGGAUGCCCUGAAACACAUGCUCCAUCUGUCAGACGCGGCGUCAAUCUCUCUCACCGACACCGCCCUCCUCUACGUCCCCGGUAAGUGUCCGCACCGGCACAGCACCGCACAGCACGGUACAGCACGGCACAGCACAGCACGGUACAGCACGGCACAGCACGGCACAGCACGGUACAGCACGGUACAGCACAGCACAGUACGGCACGGCACGGCACAGCACAGCACAGCACGGUACAGCACGGUACAGCACGGCACAGCACGGUACAGCACGGCCCAGUACAGCCCAGUACAGCACGGCACAGCACGGUACAGCACGGUACAGCACGGCACAGCACGGCACGGCACGGCACAGCACAGCACAGCACAGCACAGCACGGGGAGCCUGGACCCUGGGGAGAGAGUGGACUCUCCGCCUACACUUUGGUGCACGCUGGCUGACGGGCGGCUCCUGGUCUACAACGCGGCAACCUGGAAAUGGAGCGGGCCCCCCAUCCGUGCCGGCACCGCCUGCCUGGAUUCCUACAUCUACGUGGUGAGUGGGAAUGACCGGAGCUGCCACCGCCGGCUAACCGCCCACCGCAACCAGGUGACGGGGCUGGUGCAAGGGACACCGGGACAGGACAGGCAUGUGACUGGUAUGUGA